CGACCGGUCCUGGGGCAGCUAGGUGGCGGUGGCGUUACUGCGCGGACGGCAAGCCUGGGAUCCUCUGGUGGCAGCUCAGCCUCCGCGGAGGCAGGAGCUGCUCUUGGCGCUUCCGCGCGUCGGAAGAUCCCAGCCCAGCCCGGCGGGUCCGGGAGGACCCGGCUGUCCCAAGGAGAACCCAGAACCGGCCGCGUCUCCGCUGCCGCGACAAGAAGCCGGGCAGGCGUCGGGCGCGCUCCCUGCGGCCCCGGGAUGACUUCUCGGAGCGCCCCGCUGGCGCCCUUGCUGCUUCUCUCUCUGCACGGUGUCGUGGUAUCCCUGGAAGUGUCAGAGAGCCCUGGGAGUAUCCAGGUGGCCCGGGGUCAGACAGCAGUCCUACCCUGCACUUUCUCUACCAGCGCUGCCCUCAUUAACCUCAAUGUCAUUUGGAUGGUCAUUCCUCUCUCCAAUGCUAACCAACCUGAACAGGUCAUUCUGUAUCAGGGUGGACAGAUGUUUGAUGGUGCUACCCGGUUCCAUGGUAGGGUAGGAUUUAUAGGCACCAUGCCAGCCACCAAUGUCUCCAUCUUCAUUAAUAACACUCAGCUCUCAGAUACAGGCACCUACCAGUGUUUGGUCAACAACCUUCCAGACAGAGGGGGCAGGAACAUUGGGGUCACUGGCCUCACAGUGUUAGUUCCUCCUUCUGCCCCACACUGCCAAAUCCAAGGAUCCCAGGACAUUGGCAGUGAUGUCAUCCUACUCUGUAGCUCAGAGGAAGGCAUUCCUCGGCCAACUUACCUUUGGGAGAAAUUAGACAAUACACUCAAGCUACCUCCAACAGCCACUCAGGACCAGGUCCAGGGAACAGUCACUAUCCGGAACAUCAGUGCUCUGUCUUCAGGUUUGUAUCAGUGUGUGGCUUCUAACGCCAUUGGAACCAGCACCUGUCUUUUGGAUCUCCAGGUUAUCUCACCCCAGCCCAGGAGCAUCGGACUAAUAGCUGGAGCCAUUGGCACUGGUGCAGUUAUUAUCAUUUUUUGCAUUGCACUGAUUUUAGGAGCAUUCUUUUAUUGGAGAAGCAAACAUAAAGAGGAGGAGGAAGAAGAAAUUCCCAAUGAAAUAAGAGAGGAUGAUCUUCCACCUAAAUGCUCUUCUGCCAAAGCAUUUCACACAGAGAUAUCCUCCUCAGAGAAUAACACGCUGACCUCUUCUAACACCUACAACAGUCGAUACUGGAGCGACAAUCCAAAAGUUCAUAGAAACACGGAGUCAUUCAACCACUUCAGUGACUUGCGCCAGUCCUUCUCCCUCCACUCAGGCAAUGCCAACAUACCAUCCAUUUAUGCUAACGGAAACCAUCUGGUCCCGGGUUCACAUAAGACUCUGGUAGUGACAGCCAGAGGGUCAUCACCGCAGGUCGUGUCCAGGAACAAUGGUUCAGUCAGCAGGAAGCCUCGGCCCCAGCACACACACUCCUACACCAUCAGCCAAGCAACACUGGAGCGAAUUGGUGCAGUUCCUGUCAUGGUGCCAGCCCAGAGUCGGGCAGGGUCCCUUGUAUAGGACAUGAAGAGCUAUUGUGUUAAAAAAAAUAAAUAAAAAUAAAUGGGAUGCCUCCAUACAAGGGGAAGGGCAGGUUGGGUGAGUGCUGGGAAAGAUAGACUUUCCUUAUGAUUAUGUUAGACAAAAGCACAAAGAGGAAGACAGUGCUGUUACUGACCACUAAGAUGUGUAUAGUGGACUGGAAUGCUCCAUCUCGAAGCCUUGUUUCCCCACCACAGAUGUCCUGGAAUUCUGUUCAAAAAGCUGCAUCUCAAAGAUGUGCCAAGCCAAGGAGAAAUAUAAGAGCAGAAUAGCACUUAAAACCCAAACUGCAGUCCAGAUGGACUUGUUCUUUAAUUCAUGCCUAACUUAAUAAUUUCAAAAGAUUAAAGUGCCAGAUGGAAUUUAAAUAAGGAAAUUAUUUAAAAAGAUAGGUGUCUUUAGAAAAAAAUAGCGAGCAAAUGUGUUCUGCCUCUGCCCAUUCAUUCCCUCAUUAUGUAGAGGGCUCGAUGGCAUAAAUGGUUAAUAUUGGUCUUAACAGGGAUGGCUCUUCUGUCAUAGAAUCAAAACUUUUUACACAAACAAAAUUCAGUGAGAAAUGGAGGAAAACAAAGGAGACUUCUUUGAGAAACUCCUCCAUAUUUAUUUAUUUAUUUCUUCCUGAACCAUGAAUUUCAUAUUUGGAAUUUUGCUAUAUUGACAGAUUCUUGUCUGUCUGUGUUAUUCUAGGAUCUGUUACAGGUCCAUGGCAUAACUGUUCAUUAAUUCCCUGGAAAAGUAUUUUUUUUUAAAGGAAACUUUUUUUCUUUUUUAAAUAAACGAGAGGCAUUGGGCUGGGCAAUGGGAAGACUUAACACCUUGUUCAGUUAUUAUAGUUAGUGAACCCAGCGAAAGGUCUGCCACAAAAGGGCUAGGUUAUUUGGGCAGCUCAGAAGCAGGAAGGCAGGUGUAUGGGACCUCAGCCUUCCUGGGCAGCUUCCCAGAUCAAGGUUGACCAGGGCUCCCUUGCUGUGACACCAGAUUACUCUUAAUGAGGGCAGCACUUGAUGCCUCUUGUCUGGAGAUAGAUAAUUCUUCCUUGUUUGACAAGUAGAGGUUGGGUUGUUAUAGGAAGGGCAAGAUUUCUUUGUUUUAAGAUAAUUCUUUUUGCAAAAGAGAUAAGACUGAGACAAACAGGGUAACUUCAGUGUGUUCCUGCGAGAGUCUGCACUCUGAUAGCUCAGGUUUGCAAUUUUGUCCAAAUGCAUUUUACUUAAUUGUAAAGAGACUCCUUUUGUGAUUAAUCACCUGGCUUGGUUGGCCCUGUAGUUCACCAGAUUAGUUUACAAACUCCCCAUUCAGUUUUGUGCUAUGAAGAUCUGGCCAUACUUGUAUUGGUGGCUAUCUCGCCUUAAUCACACUUUAAGCGACCUACACGUGAUUUCUUCCCAGUUGUGUUUCCCAAAUCAUUUAUGACACCAACCCCAUGAUUCAUGAGAAUAUCUUUUCUUCCCUCAUGUGCUCUCACCCCCUCUUCCCACCAUGCUUCUUAACUUCUGACUUCCCACUCUUCUGAAUGACUGGAUGUGAACAGCUGCUGUAUACAUGAUUUUCCCAAGAGGACUACACUUGGAGCCUAACCAUUGCAACCAUUUAAUGUUGUCACAAAGCUGAAUUUACCUUAGUAUUACUUAUUUUUUCCAUUUGAUGGUUCUUGACUUUGUAAAAAUUUAAAUAAAUGAAUGUCUAUACUUUUUAUAAAGAAAAGUGAAAAUACCACGAUACAGAAAAGAUACUAUCAGAUGCUGUUUAGAAAGCAUUUAUCUUACAUUUCUUUAUUCUUUCUAAUUAUCUAAAAUUCAAUAAAAUUUUAUUCAU